UUUAGUACCUACGAUUGGCAAUGACUGUUACAAAACCGAAAACAAUAAUAUUCUCAAUUUGUGAAUUUCCAUUAACAAUAAAUAUUAAUCAGAAAUGAUUAAUUUAUACCCAUUAAUGAAUAUUGGGUAAUUAUACCUAUAUUAAUUUAAAGCUGAUUAUCAUGGUUACUAAACAAUGCCCUAAGUGUCAACAACAUGUUCCCGUAGCUUGCAAAGCCUGUCCGUGCGGACAUGUAUUUUUUGUAGCAAGACGACCUAUCAGUAUACACAAAACAGGUACAACGGAAGAAGGGGAAGUAAAAAGACGUCGUACGGAGCGUACAAAAAGGGAAAGACCAGAUUAUUUUAACUCCCUCCAAAUUGAAAAUGAACUGAAAAAGAUGAAAAACUUGCAAAAAACUCGGAAGAAAAAUGAAAAUUCCAAUGAAAAAGAUGGUGAAGGCUCAAACAGUGAAGAAGGAGUCGAUACAAGUACUCGAACUAGAGCUGGCAACUUGAACUCCAAAAAUCGUAAGCGAGGACGUCCUAAGAAGAAUACUUCUCAGAAUAAAUCAGAUUCGAAAAAUUCCGAGAAAGAGGAUGAAGUUGAUAUGUUUGCUAAUCUUCCUAAAGAAAAAGAACUACAAUUUAGCAUAAUUCUUGCUGAAAUUAAUCGCAAAAUACUAUUGCAACAGUUUAAACCAGACUGACUAAGUUGUUGAAUUUUUAUGUAUAUAUAUGUAUAUGAAUGUGAUUGUGUUUGUUUUAAAAUAAUACAAAUAAUAAUUGUUGUUUUGCGUAAUGCAAUAUCCUAGCAUUAAUGAAUGUUAAUAAAUGGUAUAUAAUUAAUCAAA